AAUUCAAAUAGGCAAUCUUCUCAUCGUCUAUAAAACCCCAAAUAAGUAAAUUCCAACCACCGCCACUCUCGCCGCCGCCGCAGACGGUGAGGUAUGGAGUUGAAUCACCAAAAUGAAUACAUCUUCCGUUCCGAAUUUCCAGACAUCGACAUACCAAAUCAUCUCUCAAUACACGAGUAUUGCUUCCAAAACAUCUCCGAACACGGCUGCCGUCCGGCGAUAAUCAACGGAACCACCGGCGAUGUCUUCACCUAUGCCGCCGUCGAACUCGCCGCCCGUAGAGUGGCCGUCGGUCUCCACGAGCUUGGAAUCCGCAAAGGCGACGUUAUUAUGCUCCUCCUCCGCAACACACCGGAAUUCGCCUUCGCGUUCCUCGCCGCCUCCUACAUCGGCGCAACCGUUACCACCGCGAAUCCGCUCUACACCGCCGCGGAAAUCACAAAUCAAGCGAGGAUAUCGGAGACUAAGCUCAUAAUAACCGCCGCUUGCUACGUCCAGAAGGUAAACCGUUUCGCAUCUGAUUUAGGCGCGAAAAUUGUCACGAUUGAUUUUCCGCCUUCACCAAAUUUCACCGAAUUCUCGGAACUGAUGAAAUCGGACGAGAAAUUGCUACCUGAGGUCGAAAUCGACGCCGACGACACGGCGGCGAUGCUGUUCUCCUCCGGAACCACCGGACUCCCCAAGGCGGUUAUGCUUAGCCACAUAAACAUCGUGACCUGCAUCUCGCAGCAAGUGGACGGUGAAAAUCCAGCCGUCCACACCGAACCGCACGAUCUAUCCGUCUGCGUUUUGCCUUUGUUCCAUUGCUACGCUUUAGUGUCGGUGCUUCUCGUCAGUCUGCGUGUAGGCGCCGCCGUGCUGAUUUUACCCAAAUUCGAAGUGAAUGAGCUAAUGGAACUGAUGCAGAAAUACAGAGUGACUCUGGCCUCAUUCGUGCCGCCGAUACUGUUGGCGAUUGCGAAGAUUCCGGCGGCGGCGUUCAACUAUGACCUAUCGUCGGUGAGGAGAGUCAGUAGCGGCGCGGCGCCCCUGGAUGACCGUCUCGAAGCUUCCACCAGAGCUAAGUUUCCCAACGCCAUUGUUGGACAGGCCUACGGCACGACGGAAGCUUUGGUACUAACCUCCUGCCCAGGGUACGCCAAAAUACCAAAGAAAUCCAAACCAGGUUCAUGUGGAGCUGUAGUUAGAAAUUCCCUGAUGAAGAUCGUCGAUCCUGUCACCGGCGUCUCGCUUCCCCGGAAUCACGCCGGAGAAAUCUGUGCGAAAGCCGACUCCAUAAUGAAAGGUUAUUACAAGGAUGCGGAGGCGACGAGGAGGGCGAUAGACGACGGGGGAUGGCUGCACACCGGCGAUAUUGGGUACAUAGAUGACGAUGGGCACGUGUUCAUUGUCGACAGGCUUAAGGAACUCAUCAAAUACAAAGGCUUUCAAGUAGCCCCUGCUGAGCUUGAGGCAUUGCUUAUAUCUCAUCCAUCUGUAUCCGAAGCAGCCGUUGUCCCGAUGAAGGAUGAGUCUGCUGGAGAAGUUCCUGUGGCAUUUGUUGUGAGAGCCGACGGUUGCAAUGUCUCCGAACACGAGAUCAUACGCUUCAUUGCUGAUCAGGUCGCGCCUUACAAACGGAUCCAUCGUGUGGUUUUUAUCGAGCAUAUCCCGAAAGCUCCUUCAGGUAAAAUUUUGAGGAAGAAUCUGCGGUCCAAGAUUUAGGCUUUUUUUUCUUCCUCUGAUCAUCAAGAAUCAGCAAUGCAGAUAAAAAUGCAUUGCUUUUGUUAUAAUAUUGAUAAGAUGUCUUUCUUUCAUGUGUAAGUGACGAAAUUGUUAAUGUGAUUGAUGAAUGGAAAUAUUUGAGAGUAAAGAUUGCAUAUUUCAUUAUUAUCAAUGAUGAUGAUACAAAACGAACGAAAGAAUAGUCUGGAAGGAAGGAAUGAUUACGAUGGAGCUAAUUGAGGGUGCACUCUGGAGGGAAUCCCUGAGGGAAGCGUUUCGAAUCAGUGCAGUAGUUAUAUAUCAUGUAUUUGCUCUGCACCCAUUUCAGCCUUUCUUGCCCUGCGCUGUCCAGUUCUUGGUUGACCCAGUCAUCGCCGUCUGCGGCGUUGAAGCUGCGGUAGGAGGCGGUGAAGGGAGCCUGGGACCAGUCGGUCUUGACGAGGCCCCCUCUGGUGGCCCAGUCGUCGGCGUUCCAGAGGCUGGAGUAGAUCCUCAUAGGCUGCUUCUUCGGGUACGC